UCGGCCUCCUCCUCCUCCUCCGCUCGCUUUGAAAUUGGGGUGGAUUUUGCAUCACUCCGUCCGCCGGGGACUGUCUGGUGCCCGGGGUAGACUCAGCGGGAGUAGUCCGGGGCUUUCAUUUCUUGUUCCAGUAUUUCCUUCCGUCAAGUAAGAUGCCGGUAAAGCCAAAAAAGAAAGCUCAGUCCAAAGAAAGAGCAGUUUCUGAAGUUUUAAAUGUGAACGUCAUCUUCCCUAAUGAAGAUAGAUAUGAUGGAGAAUGCACAAGAAUUGACGAUGUUGGACUGGAGAGAAAUGGAUUUGGUAUUCAUACUACACCCAAUGGAAUAACAUACACAGGGCAAUGGAAAAAUGAUAAGAUGAAUGGCACUGGAAAAUUGGUGCAUCCCUCAGGUGCAAUAUAUGAAGGAGAGUUUAAAGACAACACAUUCCAUGGUACAGGGACCUACACAUGGCCGAAUAAUUUAAAAUAUAUUGGAAACUUCAAUAAAAACAGAUUGGAAGGAGAAGGCAAGUUCAUUGAUGCAGAAGGCUAUGAAUGGAUUGGGACUUUUCAUUACAAAGCUGCACCAGGGCUGAAGUUGAAACUGGAUAUGUAAUCCAUGUCUGAAUGGGACUGAUCACUGGAACACUGUUUAGCAAUCACAUUUCUGAGUCAUCUUUUUUAAACAUCACUGAGUGUUUUUGUAAAUUAAAAAUAUUACUGUAGAAAUUUAGUCUUCUUUCAAAUACUCCACAACAUGCACAUUUGAAUUAUUUGAAAAUAUCUAAUAGGAUAGUUCUGUUUAUUUUAAUGAAACAAUAAAGAAACAUAAUAUUAAUAAGAAUAUUCUAAUUAUUUGAUCAGGAUUCAGCAGGGGGGAUAUGUGAUGCCGAAAUAUAGCGUUGACUAUUUUUCCUGGGACAAUGUGUGCUAGCAGUGCUGUAUGCUGACCGAACACUGUAAGGUCAUACAUCAUACUGUGACAGUCCAGGACACACUGCAUUAAGCCUGGUCAAAAGGUAGGUUGUACAUUUCACCAAGAUCUCAGUCAAUGAGGUAGAUUUGAGUGGCCUCUUAAAGGAGAAGAGUGAGGGAGUGAGGGGAAGUUCCAGCGUUUUGAACCUAAGAAGCUGGAGGCACACAGGCCAAUGGUGAAGUUGAGGAAGUAAAGGGUUAAGAAAUUGUGACUUUAUAUAUAACUAAUGAAAAAAUACCAUGCAAGCAAACCCCUGACUCAGGACUAGGUGGUAAUUACUGUGUCUGGAACUUGAUUGCAAGCCAAUUAUACUAAGCAAUAAGGGUGAUUGUUGUAUUAAACAGUAAGUGUGAGGUUUGUCCUAAACAAUGAGUGUGAUACCUAUCUUUGAAUCUCUUGAUUGUACAUCAAUUAUACUGAACAAUGAGUGUGAUGCCUGUCUUUGAAUCUCAGGAUCCUGAUUGAAACUUGUGGAGCAGCAUUCAUUAAGUGUGUGUGACAAGGACUGUAUAAAUUAAUGUCUGCCCCUGUGUAUUGUGGAGACCUCAGAUAAAGACUCUACAUGAGAGUCAGGAGAAUUCUCCC